AUGUCAGGCACCUUCGACAAACUCUUAGCGAAAGGCAAGGCGAAGCUCUCGGAGUUUACCGGGCAGCCUUCAGGUGGCCAUCAUCAACAAGGCCACCCGGGCCAAGGCUAUCCAGGCCAACAGGGCUAUCCGGGCCAGCAGCCUCCUCAAGGUUAUCAACAACCUCCCCAAGGUUAUCAGCAGCCACCGCAAGGCUAUCCUCAAACAAACCCUGGGCAAUACACGGGAAGUCAAUAUCCCCCACAGUACCCGCCCCAGAACCAGCAGUGGGGCCCCCCUCAGCAGCAAUGGGGUCCGCCGCCUCCGCAGCAGCAGCAGCAGCAGCAACAGUCCUUUGCACCGCCUGUUCCACAAGGUAGCAAGCCACAUACGCCACAACCCGGAGGACCACCGCCUGUCCCCCAAAACCGACCGCAAUCUGCGCAGCCUCCCCCACCCCAAAACAUCCCUCCACCGCAGGGCGAGAGCGUGUAUUGGAAGCCAUCCUUUGACAUCGCGACGCCCGUGUCGCAAAACUUCCGGCAUGAAAUUGGCGACCAUGGCUGGGGCAACAACGAGAAGCAGAUGUACACGGACAACCCUGCAAACUCGUUCCAUCACGACAACCGCCUGAUCGUGCGCGCCCUCGUCCAAAACGGGAGCUACACUUCUGCGCGCUUGACCUCACAUCAGACGCUAUCGCGACCGCGCGGAUACUUGACAGCGACCUGUCUACCUCCUUCCGCACCGGGCAUAUGGCCUGCAUACUGGAUGCUGCCGGCAGACCCGUUCAAGUGGCCGACCGACGGCGAGGUUGAUCUUGCCGAGAGCUGGAACGGCGAGACGGAGAACCAUUCGUGCUUGCACUGGGGCUCAUAUACAGGCGAGGACGCGCAAAAGCAUCGCGUAGUCAAAACAUCCCUACCAGAUCUGGCGCGACAACCACACACCUACGGCUUCGCUUGGAUCGAAGAAGAGGGCAUACCUGGGUGGAGAGGACGCAUGAUCUGGUACAUCGACGGUCGGCCAGUCAUGAAGGGUAGUAUUCCAGAGGGCACACGACGCAUGGAAGAUUUCAGGAUACUUAUCAAUAUCGCUAUGGGGGGGACUGUGAACCAAGGGAAGCUGCCUGCUGAAGGCUACUACGACUUCGUCGUUAGCGACCUCAAGAUGUGUGAGGAGCCACAGGGCGGAUGGCAGCAAUUCGAGCAUGCUUGGAACAGCACGCCUGAAGGCAAGGUGAUGUAG